AUGGCUCAUUUGAACGCUGGCCAAACGAAGACGAUGGUUUCAAGAGAGAUGGUAACAGGUACCGAUAUGCCUAGAACCAGGAAGCUAGACUUCUGUGAAGCCUGUGCCGAAGGAAAAUCACAUUGUGCACCCUUCAAACCAGUGGGAGAAGUACAAUCAAAGAAACAGUUGCAGCUUGUUCACAGUGAUGUCGCUGGACCAAUGAAAACCGAAAGUUUUGGUGGUGCCAGGUACUUUGUGACAUUCAUUGACGAUUAUUCUAGAUGUGUGUGUAACCGUCUAUCCCAUUACACGCAAAUCGGAAGUGUUGGAUAACUUUAAAGAAUGGGAAGCAGUAGUAACAAAUCUAGCAGAUUGCGAAAUUAAAACUUUACAGACAGACAAUGGAGGUGAAUAUAUGUCUGCUGAAUUCCAAAAUUUCCUCAAAGAGAAAGGUAUUCAUCACGAGACAACUGUACCCCACUCACCACAACAGAAUGGUAUCGCCAAACAGAUGAACAGGACGCUCCAGGAAGCUGCUUUAUCUAUGAUCUUACAUGCAGGAGUAUCCAAGAGUUUCUGGGCUGAAGCAGUUUGUUCAGUAGCAUACAUAAGGAACCGAGUUAUCACAACAGCAACUGGAGUCGCUCCAUAUGAGCGAUGGUACGGUAAGAAACCGGAUGUUUCAAAUUUCUGUGUUUUUGUUUGCACUGCCUAUGCCCAUGUAGCAGAUUCUUCACGUCAGAAAGCUUGACCAGAAAGCAGUGAAAAUGCAAUUCAUUUGGCUAUAGUUUGACACAGACGGGGUAUCGAUUGUAUGAUGAGAACAAACAUAAAAUCUUUAUCCGUUGAGAUGUUACUUUCAAUGAAACUGACUUCGGACAUACAAACAGAGUACAAUUGGAGGUUGAGGAUGAUGAGUGCUCUAAAGAAUCCGAUAAGAAAUCACAUGAUAGUAGAUGUUCAGCAUGAGAAAGAAAGCCACCAGUUUAUUAUCUUGAUGAAUACGCUAGUAUCACAACAGCAAAACAUACAGCCCUCUUUGUAACAGAAGUUGAAGAGCCGACAACGUUGAAGAAAGCUCUCGAAAGUGAUCAUGCGGAGAACUGGAAGACAGCUGCAGAUUCUGAAUAUCAAUCUCUAAUGGAAAAUGAGACCUGGGAGCUUGUUGAACUGCCACCCGGACAAAAGGCAAUUACCUGCAGAUGGGUAUUUAAAGUCAAACAUGAUGAAAAUGGGAAGAUCGAUCGGUUUAAAGGACGUCUUGUAGCGAAAGGUUUUCUACAAAAGUGCGGGAUCGAAUUUGAUUGA